AUGGCUGGGGCAUGCAGUCUGGGCCUGCUGCAGGUGCUGCUGCUGGCCGUGGCCAGGGCCUCCUUGCCUGGCACGGUGGUCCGACUCAACAAGGCAGCACUGGAUUAUGUGUCGGACAUCGGGAAAGCCCCUCUCCAGCGGGCCUUGCAGGUUACUAUCUCUGAUUUCCUGGAUCCAAGGGGUGAGGUCCUUCAGUCUACCAGGGUCCAGAUUCUGGAUGUCCACCUGCUCCUCCUUCACUUGAAGUUCAUUGUUGAUUUUGGGGUGCGCCUAUCAGCGGCAGCCAAUUUCACAGUCAAAGUCUUUCGGGUUCCAGAGCCCAUGGAGCUGGUGCUCCCUGUGGCCUUGCAGGCUGAUGUGCAUGUAACCCGGGACUCCAUUGGGACCCUUGUGCUCAGCAUUCCCACCUGCUCUUCGACGUUCAGCCCAGCCAGCACGCUGGACGGCAGUAACAGCACCUCCCAGGAGCUGCUGGCCCUGGUGCAGGAGCACAUCAAAGCUGACCUGAGCGGCAAGCUGUGCUUACGUGUCUCCGGCCUGGUCCAGGACCUCAAUGUCCACUUGGGCACUUUGAUUGGCCUCAGUCCUGUGGGCCCCGAGUCCCAGAUCCGCUACUCCAUAACCAGCGAGCCCACCAUCACCAGUAACUAUAUGUCCGUGGAUGUCAGAGCUGUUCUCUUCCUGCUUGGCAAGCCCAUCCUCCUGCCUGUGAGUGAUGCUCAUUCCUUUGUGUUGCCAUGGCCUUCGGGUGAUGAAGGAGCCAUGGCAACCGUGGGGCUCUCCCAGCACCUGUUUGACUGUGCCCUCCAGAUGCUACAGAAGGCGGGUUCCCUCAACCUGGACAUCACGGGGCAGCUGAAUUCAAAGAACAAUCCUCUGAACACCUCCACGCUGGGCCAGCUCGUCCCUGAGGUGGCCCACCAGUUCCCCGAGCCCAUGCCCGUGGUACUUAAGGUGCGGCUGGGUGCCACACCCGUGAUCACACUCCACACCAACAACUCUACCCUGAAGCUGCAGCCCUUCGUGGAGGUCCUCGCUGCAUCCCCCAACUCAGCCUUGCAGUUCCUCUUCUCCCUGGAUGUGCUCGUGAACCUGAACCUUCAGCUCUUUGUGUCCAAGGCGAAGCUUCGGGGGACCACGUCUAUACUGGGGGGCGUCCAGCUCUCUGUGGCCACCUCCAAUGUGGGCUCCAUUGAUAUGGAUCAAGUGCAUGCAGUCAUAAGCACUGUAUUCCAGAAGCCUCUGCUGGAUCACCUCAAUGCCCUGUUGCGCAUGGGGAUUGCCCUCCCCAGUGUGCUCAACCUCCACUAUGUCCACUCCAAGGUCUCAGUCUGUGAGGGCUAUGUUGUGAUAUCCAGUGGAUUUACCUACCAGCACUGAGCCAGGACCAUGAAGAGAGCCAGUUACUGAAGAGCCUUCUUUCCCCAGGUCUGGGGACACUGAGGCAGAACCACGUAGAGCCAUCGUCAUCGAGCCACACUGCCUGCCUGUCUGGGCUGCUUCAUCUUUGCUGGCCACAUGGGUCCCUCUCUUGCUUCCUCACUUCUUCUUGUGCCCCUCCUAGGGAGGAGACUACUGGCUGCAAGCUGUGCAGACCUGCUUUCCUCCCACUCAGCAUUAAAUGUCUUCUC